UCCUUGCUAUCACUCAGAGCAGCAGUGACACAGUUCCCUUAUCUCAGGCGGCCAGAAGACGACUGUCAAAGGUCACAGGGAAAUCAAAGGCGGGGUACAGGGCCAGAGGGAGGAGGGAACUACUUCCCGGUUGCUCUCAGACGUUUCGGAGAUCCUCUGGAGGCCUGGGGAAGCUUUAGAGUUCUUUAUUUCAGUAGGUCCCUGAGCUCUGUGAGUGGCGAGGGUAGAGCCACCGGGGGAAUCCACAGUGGUUUCUCGUGCCCCUCAGGGUCAGGAGCAGUCUGAUCAAAAGGAGGCCAUCCACUGUCUGGGGCCAUUCCCACAGCUCCCGGAUGCUGGGUCUGGAGGCUGCGCCCUUCCCCGCCAGGAGCUCGGCCCAGUGGUAAGUCAUCUGCAUGUCAUCUAUGUAUUUAACCCCUCAUGGCCAUGUUGAUGCUGGGCAUGGUUUCACUUUUGCAAACAUUUGUUUAUACCCUUCAAGAGAAAAACAUCUCAGCUGUUACAGGAAGCUGCUUUGGGGGGUGAGCAAACUUCUUAAACAUGCAGAAAUUAUGAUCUACACCCGUUUCUUAAAAGGCAGCCUGAAUAUGGCCAAUUACACGCUGGCACCAGAGGAUGAAUAUGAUGUCCUCAUAGAAGGUGAACUGGAGAGCGACGAGGCAGAGCAAUGUGACAAGUAUGAUACCUGGGCGCCCUCAGCCCAGCUGGUGCCGUCGCUCUGCUCUGCUGUGUUCGUGGUCGGUGUCCUGGACAAUCUCCUGGUUGUGCUUAUCCUGGUAAAAUAUAAAGGACUCAAACGCGUGGAAAAUAUCUAUCUUCUAAACUUGGCAGUUUCUAACUUGUGUUUCUUGCUUACCCUGCCCUUCUGGGCUCACGCUGGUGGCGAUCCCAUGUGUAAAAUUCUCAUUGGACUGUACUUUGUGGGCCUGUACAGUGAGACAUUUUUCAAUUGCCUUCUGACCGUGCAAAGGUACCUAGUGUUUUUACACAAGGGAAACUUUUUCUCAGUCAGGAGGAGGGUGCCCUGUGGCAUCGUCACAAGUGCCGUGGCGUGGGUAACAGCCAUUCUGGCCACUGUGCCCGAAUUUGCGGUUUAUAAACCUCAGAUGGAAGACCCGAAAUACAAGUGUGCAUUUAGCAGAACUCCGUUCCUGCCAGCUAAUGAGACAUUCUGGAAGCAUUUUCUGACUCUAAAAAUGAAUGUUUCGGUUCUUGUCUUUCCCCUAUUUAUUUUUACAUUUCUCUAUGUGCAAAUGAGAAAAACACUAAGGUUCGGGGAGCAGAGGUAUAGCCUUUUCAAGCUUGUUUUUGCCAUAAUGGUAGUCUUCCUUCUGAUGUGGGCGCCCUACAAUAUCGCACUUUUCCUGUCCACUUUCAAAGAACAUUUCUCCCUGAGUGACUGCAAGAGCAACUACAACCUGGACAAAAGCGUUCUCAUCACUAAACUCAUCGCCACCACCCACUGCUGCGUCAACCCUCUCCUGUAUGUCUUUCUUGAUGGGACAUUUAGGAAAUACCUCUGCCGUUUUUUCCAUCGGCGUAGUAACACCCCACGUCAACCCAGGCGGCGGUUUGCACAAGGCACAUCGAGGGAAGAACCUGACCGUUCCACCGAAGUGUAAACUAGCAUCCACCAAAGGCAAGACGACUAAACAUGGAUUUUCAUCUUUUUGCAUUAUUUCACUUAAAUUUUUUACACACUUGUUUACAAAAUCGGAUACAGGAAGAAAAGGGAAAGGUGCGCUAACAUUUGCUAAGCAUUGAAUUUGUCUCAGGCACCGUGCAAGGCCCUUUACAAACGUGAGCUCCUUCGCCUCCAACCACUUGUCCGUAGUGUGGAUGGGACUAGUCUCAUUUCUCUGAGAAGAAAACUGAGGCUCGGAAGUUUGUCUAAGAUCACACAAGUAGGAAGUGGCAGAACUGAUUCUCCAGCCCUGGUAGCGUUUGCUCAGAGCCUACGCUUAGUCCAGAACGUUGAACUCCAAACCCUGGGGACAAACUGCAUGAAAUAAAUGUAUUUUAAAACAUCUAUUUAA